GCGAUCGAGUUGCUUGCGCUGUUUAACUGGCUGUGGCAACCUAGCAAAGGAAAAGCAAUCGCGCACUCGACUGGGGGCGAGAGCGACGAUGCCAUUCUCGGGCAGCUUGUCGCCAGAGGGGCCCGUGCACUAGUCUGGAACGGCUCUGGAUCAUUCCCCCGCCGCAACUGGACAUGUUGCGAAGAUGCCGUCCAAUCGAUCGGCGUCGUGGAGUUGAUUUUCGGCGCGUUCUCCGCCGCGUAUUGGGGCCAUGCGGAAAUGUUGCGCAGCGUUCCCGGGGCAGGGCCGCGGGGGGCGGCUUGCCCGCCCGUGAAGGAGUUGUCCGCGAGGUAUUCGCAGCUCGACGCGGAGGGCCUCCAGAAGUGCAGCGAGCGGGCAGAGAAAGCCGACGAUGCACGGGGCGCAAGGGGCGGGGUGCCGCUCGGUCCCCUGGAGGCGCUUAAAGGCAUUUUUCUUCACCGCCUCUUCCGUGGUCGCGAUGGCGGGGGCGCCGGCGAUUGGAGCGCCUUGCUCGGGCAACGCCCGCGCGCGAUGUUUGCGAUGUUCCCGCGGCGCGGAGAACUUGCAGGGCAGCGCAUGGCCACCGCCCUCGAGAGUUACAUGUGUUUCUACGAGGUCUUCAAGACCGCUGGCCUGAAGGCGAGGCCGCCAUGGGAUGCCGCCGCCGAGGCCGCGACCGAACUCGCCUCGCGCGCUGGCGCGGCCAUGCCCCGCGAGGAGGAGCUGGCCAACCAGCUCAUUCGCGUCAUUCGCGAGAGCGCGUCCGCCCUGACGUUCGCGGUAGAAUGCCCAGACAACGAGUGCAAGGGGGUUUGCACCUCCUCGGUGGUCGACAAGCUGCUGGAGUUAUCGCGGGAAGACGGGUCCUCGCUGUCGCCGUGGCGCCCCAUUUGGAUCGACGGGAUGGCGAGGGCGUCUGAGGGCAUGGCGGCGCUGAUCGACUGGGGCGCGGCCGCGGCACUCGGGCUGAAGGGCGAGCGCGGCGCCCGGCCCCUUGGCGCCCUCGCCUGCCCUUUCGAGAAAGUGGUCGAAAUGAAGGCGGCGGCAGCGCGAGUCGUCGCGCUGCCCGAGCGCGUCGACAUGAUCGUUGCAGAGGCCGCGACCUUCGUCGAGGAUAGCUCUCCAUGGUUGUAUCAGGAGUUCUCGGUAGAUGCCGAGAUCUUCGUCGCCGGCCCGCGCAGUGAGGACGCAUCACAAUCGGGGGGCGCCCGAUCUGUCAGGCGCGGCGUGCUGCAGGGCCCCUGCCGUGAGAAGUGGUCGGGUAGCUUGGCCGACGGCGCGCUCGAGGAGAUCGCUGCGGCCGUGAAGAGCGCGCUCUUGGUUCUCAAAGCCAACGCCGAGCGCGAGAAGGAGGGCCAUCGCACCUGCGAGGACAUACAGCUCAGCCACAGCGACGGGGCGCCCAUGGUCUGCAUCAUCAAGCACAAGGGGAAGGGCGCCAAGCUGAAGACCGCGCUCGCCAUGGCGGUUCCCGGCAGCGUCUGCGUGAUGGCCGCGGCCAGGGGAAUGGUCCUGGCGGUGGCGACCCUUCGCGCGGAGACGGUGGUCGGGGGCGCGGCGGCCGCUGCCCACGAGGGCAGAGCGGCUGACGAGGCGCGGUGGACACCCGCCUCCAGCGCCGCCCACCCCGACGUGGCCAGCGGCCCCCUGCUCGACAUAGGCGGGCCGCCGGCGGGCCGCGCUUGCGAGGGCGCCGGCUCCAAGGCCGCCCGCGCCGCCUGGGGGCGGCCGCUGCUGUGGCGGCAGCUGGGGCUGCUGAACCAUCCACUGCAGCAGGGGCUGCUGUGCCGGCGCCGCAGGGGCCCCGCCCCCGGAUCUCGCUGCAGCAGCGCCCCAGCGCCGGGGCGCGUGGCUGCAGCGGCCGCCGGCGUCGCCCUCGCCGGCGCCGGGCCCCAGGCGACCCUCGGGCCGGGGGGCGCCGCCGCGCCCGCGGGGCCCGGCAGCGUCGGCGGCGGGCCCCUGCGCUUCGGCCCGGGCGAGGGCGUCCGCGGCGCCGGCGCGCUUAGCCAGAACCCGAUCGCGCUCGCGCUUCCUGGCCUCCCGGCGGUCCAGAGCAAGGCGAUGCUCCUCGCGUCGCGCAGUGCGCUGGUCAAGCAGACCUCCUGGGGCAUGCUUCUGCCCCCAUUGGCCCUGAUCUUACUUGGCGGAGGUCGCCUCAUCCCAAUGCCCGACCAGGGCGCGCCAGUGCGCGCCAUGUUCACGCUGUGCCAGUGGCCGGACAGCGCGGGGCGCUUCGGCAGGCGGGCGAUCAGGGCACGCCGUCAUGGGCACACCGUCCGCCAGGAGAGAGCGGGCCCGCUGUUCGAGCGCGGCAGGAGUAUCCCGCAGGGUGACGACAAGCUUCGCGGCCGCCAUGGUGGCGUUUGGUCCUGCUGCACCGAUGGUGCGGAUGGUGAUGCCGCCCUUGCCGCCGGCGCUGUCUUUCAUCCGCCCGAUGGCCCGGAGCACAUCAGG